UUCUCUAAAACAUUUUUUUGCUAAUUACUUCGCUUUCAAGUUAUUCCACUAUUUCCUAAUAAAAUUCCUCAUACUUCAAAGCGUUUCUAUGUUCGUAAGAACAUUUUUUGAUUGUUAAAAAUACGUUCUUAGAAUAUUUGAUAUGCAUUAAUUCGUAAUCCACACAUUUCUAAUAAUCUUUAUGAUUUUGUAAUUGUCAUCUCGUUAAAUAAUACGUUUUAGUAUUUUUACAAUGAAAAAUAUUUAUUAAGAGAAGUCGAUAAGAUUCUCACGCACUUACGAUUAUCAGAUAAGAGUUAUCCAGAUAUACUUGCUGAAGAUAAAUUCUAUCCUAUUAAAUCCUAUUUGAACUUGGAAAUUGAAAUAAAGCGCAGUGUUAUGAAUGAAGACGAACAUCUUUUUCAAUGAAUUUCAACAAAAAUAUAAAGUAGUAUUUAAAAAAUGCAAUAUAUCUAAAUCGUUUAGAUAACGGUCGUACUAUAAAAUGAAAUGUUUAUACGGUGUAAAUGGAUUUUGAUAUACAAUAUAGUUAUUGUGUCGCUUUUAUAUUUUAAUACAAUAUGUGCAACUGGCGUAAGAGAUCUAACGAAAUUUGCUGGCGUGGUGGAAAAUAUUACAGUGUAUGUUUUGGAAGAUACAAGUUAUUUCCAAAAUGACAAUGUAUUGAAAUCAUUAAAACUGAAUGUGUCUUGGAUACCACCGAGGGAAGGAAAACAACCUUCUUCGUACAGCAUUAUGAUUACAAGUGUCAUAAAAGAAACCAAUAUAAAUAAGGCGGAAUGUACGGAAGACUCUGCACUAUAUACUACGCAAAAUAAGAGUCCAUUUAGCAUACUAAUACCGCAAAAUGAUCUACUAAACGGUAUACCAAAGAUACAAAUACGUCCAAAUUGUACGUACAAGAUACAAGUUUACGCCAAUCCGAGGGCUAAACCCACAGGAAAAUUACCAGAGGUCGUCUAUAAAGUUCCAAAAUGCAUAGGACGUAAAUGCAACUGCGCGGAUGCAACAUCUAUCUUACCUAUUCCAAAAGUAAAAGCAAUUCGAGCAAAAGAACGUGUUAUUAUCAACUGGAAUGUUACAUCAAACAAUUCUCAAAUUCAUUCUUAUGUAAUUAGUAUUGGCAUACCAUUGUUGAUAUCGCAAGCGGGGCAUUCUGUGUAUAAUAUCACAAAGAUAAGCAACGUAAUCUCUACAACAAAUACCUUUAAUUGGGAUAUGAGAAUUGGCGAUCAGUACAUAAAAGUCAAAAGUGGAUAUAAAAUAUUGGUAGCAGCAAUGGAUCAUCGAGAUUGCUUAGGAAAUCAAGGUGGCUUCACUAUUACUGAUACAAACAAAACUAAAAUAUUGGAUGGGAGCACCAUGUGGAUAUUAUUUACCGGCGUUGCUAUUUGUGUCAUAUUAGCUUUUAUCUGCAUAAUGUCAAUAUAUAACAAAAAUGGAUAUCAGCUUGUAUUGCCAGUUAAACGGAGACGAACAGCAUCUGACCUUUCUGCCUGCAAAUUAACUCAAUGGCCAUAUCUAGAUUUCCAGAGACGCAAUGUCGAUAUGUACAUUGAACAAAAGCCUGAGGAUAUACAUUGCAAGAUACAAAAGGACGAAUUUGAAGUGCCAUAUCAAUAUAUAAAUCGUAUAUAUGAAUUAGGAAAAGGACAGUUCGGUAAAGUGUAUUUAGGUACUUUGAACAAUAAUAAGAACACGUUUGUAGCUGUUAAAAUGUCCCAAUGUUCCGAUGCGUGCAACGAAUCUGAAGUUAGGCGACAAUUAUUGGAAGAAAUUAUGAUAAUGAAAGCGGCUGGUUCACAUAAGCAUUUAGUAAGCCUCAUAGGUUGCUGUACCUCACCGAACAAUCCUAUAUGUAUACUUUUGGAAUACAUGGAGAUGGGAGAUUUGCUUGCCUAUCUACAUAGUAGGAGAAAAAUUCAAGCGGAUGAUACAUCUUUGUGUAGUUUUGAAAAAGCUGCAUCCAGAUACGCAAAUAUUUUUGAGAAAAAUAAAAGCGACAAUGAAAAUGUAUACGACGUAAUCGAGAGACAACAAUUUAUGAAGUUUGCACUCGAUAUCGUAAAAGGAAUGGAACAUUUGGAAGCUAAAAACAUCAUACAUAGAGAUUUGGCAGCAAGAAAUGUUCUCCUCACGUCAAAUCUAACGCUAAAGAUUUCUGACUUUGGCCUGUCACGAAAUGGGGAGUACGUGAUAAAUAAUAUAUCUGGUAAAAUUCGUCAACUCCCGAUACGUUGGAUGUCACCGGAAGCUAUAUGCGAUCGUGUUUUCUCUUCUAAAAGCGACGUCUGGUCAUUUGGUGUUGUGCUUUGGGAAAUUGGAACUUUAGGUUCUUUUCCGUAUGCCAAUAUACAGGACAACGAAUUACUGCAUUAUUUAACUCAAGACAAAUGUCACUUGCCGCGUCCUCAUACGAUUUCUCACGACAUAUAUAAAAUUAUGUGUUCCUGUUGGAACACAGUUCCACGAAAUAGACCGAGUUUUGCACAACUUGUUUUAGAUUUGCAAAUACUAAAUAAACCUUUAUGUUCUAUGCACGAAGCAAGUAAUCCUUGUUACGCACUGCUAUCACACUAAUAUAUCUUAAAAUCAAUGGAUAAGAUAUGUACACAUAUGUAUUUUAUAAAAAAUAAAAUUAAAAUAUGAAUAUUUAUAACAAAA